AUGGAUCAACAAAGCACGCCAGCAGUUACAUUUUGGGAAAUGCGACUAGAUGAUUACGACUUAGGAUUCGCAGUUUGGCAAGUGCCGGGAUGCAGCAGCAAAGUCGUGCUUCUUACUGGAGGCUCCAGCGGACUUGGUCGUGUAGCAGUGAAGCGAUUCGUUUCUGAGGGUCAUACUGUCAUAUUCACUGGGAGAAGCGCUGAUCGGCUUGACGAAACUGUAGCAUGGAUCAACUCUUCCCAGGAAGUACGUGCACGUCUCCAUACCCAUGUCCUUGACCUCGAGAAUCUUGAAAGCAUACGAAAGGGUGUAGAAUUGCUCAAAUCCCUUGGCCUUUCGCUUGACGUUUGGAUCAACAAUGCCGGGCGUACAACAAUCAACUUGGAAUACGUUCCAGUGACAAGCAAGGUCGAAAAAACCAUCUUUGCAAAUGCAAUUGGUCCCUGGUAA